AUGUUUGGAGUAUCAAAUUCAAUGUUAAAAAACAAAAAGAAUGCAGAGUAUCUGUCGAUGAGAGAAAAGAUCAACGGAAAUGAUUUGGAUGAUCAAAUCAUUGGAAUGAAAUUCUUUAGAGAUUUCAUAUCAAAUGAGCCAGAAAUAACAAUUCAUCCAAGUUUAUACUCUAGAAUUCAUUCAUUAUUUAAAGAAUCUGAAAAUAUUAUUUUAAAGACAGAAGCAUCAUUUAUUUUUGCAAAUUGUUUCGAUGGAUCUGCACAUGAAGAGUCAAUAAAGUUGUUGAAAAAUGAAAAUAUAAUUAGAAGUUUGGUUUGUACUAUCUUUAGAUAUCCAAAUGAAUACGAUCUAAUUCAUGGAUGUGUAUGGUCGUUGAAUAACUACGCCGUGAAAUCCGCAGAGAAUAGAGAUGUCGUCAUUCACUCGCAUGUCGUGCCGUCGUUGAUGCAGCUGCUAUCGGAUCUUGAUCUACCGACAGAGCUACUCAGUAAUAUUCUCUGGUUGAUUCACAACCUGUCGAGAGGUCAUCCCAAACCCAACAGAGAUUUCAUUGUACCGUUGAUUCCGACGCUGGCGGCACUCUACCAACACGAAGAUCUCGAGAUUGUUGAACAUGCCCUCUGGAUUGCUUUCUACGUGACGGAAGACAGCAACUCAAAGCUUAUCAAUCAGUGGUUCUUGAGUGACAAGAAAAUGCCAGUUGUAAGUGGUAUCACGGUUUCCGAGGAAGUCAUCACUAUCAACCAUAGCAUUGCUCUUAUCAAUCUACUCGAUCGUCUCUCACAGAGUGAAGUGGUUGGUUUGAAGCCCGCUGUCAUGUUAGCUGGAAACCUCUUGCACAUAGACGAACAAGAGAAUUCGCACCACACCUUCUAUCGCAACAUUGUUGCACCGCUCCUAAACGUCUUGCAGCGAACACAAGAUUUUGUUUGUCCGGAAGUUUCCAACCAGUCACUCUGGGCACUGGAGCAAAUCAUUGCCAAGUCACCGUAUCAAAUUCAAAAGAUUCUCGCUCUCGACGAUAGUGUCACGCUUCUCGAGAAACUGAUGAAUCACAACGAUGCAUCGGUUAGACAUGAAUCCACCUAUUGUUUACUCAGCAUGAUCUGCAACGGUACGAUUGAACAAUCCAACAAGAUUCUGAAACACACAAACAUUCGUAUUCGAUUCGGUCAAUAUUUCUCGAAUCUCAAUCCCGAGCACAAGGCCAACUACACUGUGAUCUCGAUGUUCUUGGUUGCCUUCAAGCGACUUCAGGUGUGUUGCGAUACCAAAGAUGUCUUUUGUGACGACUUAAUCAAGCAUCUCGUGCCAUACAUAUCGGAUUCUCCAACUAGCACAAUACCCAAGGAAUUCCAAAGAGAUUGCAAACAAAUCUUUGAAUACUACAGAAAGAUGCAACCUGCAAUCUCAAGUAUCAAACCAAGAUUAAUCAAAGUCAGAAUCUAA